CCUACCCUCUUGGCCCCUUCUUCUUUGGCAAUACCGACGUCCAAAAAGAAUCGAGAAAGAGAGAGACUUUUUAAUUCCGUCAGUGUCGCCUCGUUUCUCUGGGUUAGGGUUUUUUGUUCGUUCUUGGAAAUUUUCUAGGGUUAGGUUUCCGGUGGUUGCAGCAAUGGCGACGGUGGGGCAGCAACAGCAGGAAGGAGGCGCGGCGAAGCCGGCGUUGAGGAAGCCGGUGUUCACGAAGGUGGACCAACUGAAGCCCGGGACGAGCGGUCACACGCUCACGGUCAAGGUCGUCAGCUCAAAGACGGUGCUUCAGAAAGGCCGCGCCGCCUCCUCCUACCUCCGCCAGACCCGGAUCGCCGAGUGUCUCGUUGGCGAUGAGACCGGCACCAUCGUCUUCACCGCCCGCAACGAUCAGGGUUCGAUAUAUACCCUCACGGUUGAUAUGAUGACAGCUGGCUCGACUGUGAUCCUGCGGAAUGCAAAGAUUGAUAUGUUCAAGGGGUCAAUGAGGCUGGUAGUUGACAAGUGGGGUCGCGUGGAGGUUACUGAACCUGCAACUUUUACAGUAAAGGAGGACAAUAAUUUAUCUCUAGUGGAGUAUGAGCUGGUGAAUGUAGCGGAAGAGUGAUGAUCCAUUUGCAGAUAACCUCUGAUGCAUAAGAAGGCUUUGAGCUUUCAAAGCCUUUUUUCGCUAGUUCCAAUCGGUCUUCGCGGUCAUAAAUAUCAAGGUAUAGAGUUUCAUUAAAAUAACAGUGUAAGUCAUACAAAAUGUCACUGGAGCUGGUGAUGCUUUUGUCUUUUGUUAACAGGUCAUUGUUUAGCAUUAGUUGUAAUUUCAGUAUGGAUUGAUUACGAAUGGGGCUGUAAAUGGAUCAGCAGAUGUUAUGCCUUUUCAUUUGCGUAUAGUUAUCUGCCAAACUUGAAGUAAAGAAUCUGAUAUUAAUAUCUUCUGUUUGCUUC